UGUUUUGAUGAAUUGAUUAUUUUUUGAUUUUCGAUGUUUUGAUUGACAAAUUUAAUUAUUCCGGCGAUGAUUUAGCGAGUUUCAGGUUAUAAAUCAGUUAAUUAAAUCCUAAUAUGAGUUUUGGUUGAGCUAUAUAUUCUUCCACAGCGGCCCAGCCAAAUAACUCCAUCGAUAAAUUGAUUUAUUCUUUGAACGGAGCAACAACAAAAUGUCCAAGCGAAGCACAGGUUCAGGCUCCAAUUCAUCGGAAGAUAGAACCAAUGAACGUGACGAAGAGCCAAAAAAGGCAAAGUUCAGUUUCAGUACGGCUAAGAAAGAUUUUGGUCCGAAGAAAGGUAUCCAGAUCAAACUAGCAUCUCAGAAAGAUAAACCGAACGUGAGCGUUAAUUUGAAACCACCUUCUCGAUCUGUUGCGUCUGUAUUCGGUGAAGAAAGCGACGAAGAACCCGAGGAAAUGCCUCCGGAAGCACGAAUGAGAAUGAGAAAUAUUGGAAGAGAUACUCCUACCUCGGCGGGUCCGAAUUCAUAUGGUAAAACUAAGCAAGGAUUCUGUAAUGCGAAAAAGGUUUUCGAAAAGAAUCUUAAAGAAGCUGCGUUAGAAGUUUCAGACGAUAAACCUUCAAAACCUAGUACUAAUAAAUUACACUAAGAUCUCAAAUUAUUGAAUGGUUCUUUGAUUUUUUAGUAUUUUCGAACGUUUGUGUUUGUAAUAUGUACGUGGACGUACUACGUGUAUUCCAAAUAUUUGUAAAUUAUUUUUAAUUCAGUUGCAAGGUGUAGUAAAAAGUGUUUUUUUAAUAUUUCAAUAA